AUGAGUAGCGUGAGAAACUUUCUAACAUCCUCUCCUGCCUCCACCCCAGCUGCCUUACAUACCAGCCUUACCGGGCACGGCCACGAUGCUCCAACACUAUUACUGUUACUGCAUGGAUUAUGUAGACUGAUUAUGUACCUGAGAUUGUUACUCUUUUUUCGAAAGAAGCGAGCGAAACGAGUUCUGAACCGGCUAGGGCACUUUAACAUUCUUUUCGAGAAUUCGACGCAGUCAGAGUUUUACUCAGCGUCAACGAUUGGGUUCAAGACUCAAAUGUGCGGCUGCUUGGCAUCUGAAAGGAUAAUGACUGAUACAAGAAUAACGUGCUCAACUCGUGCUUUUUACGACGAUAAGAAGGCAUCCGAUAAAUUCCAUGUGGUCCUCUUCUUCAUGACCCAUUUCGUUCCUGUGUUUUCAAAUCUGCCGCACACCGCACAAUACCUUCUUGAAGUUGGUCUGCAUGCACAUAUGUAUGUAGCUCCACGUUUCAUCAACGUAUCAAACCACCCAAUUUCCCCGUGA